CACGUGUCGUUCAUCUUGAUCAGAAUCUUACGCGAAAGUGAAUUUAAGGCAUCGCAGGUUCCCUCAGGCUCUUUCUUUCUUUCUUUCUCUUUACUCUUGUUUUUGGUUCUCUUCCCCCCGUUUUUUCUCUUGGUGUUUCUAUUCUCCUUUCUCUUUCUUUUCUUUCUUUCUUACUCUCUUUCCUUUAUGGCCAAGGCAGCUUCCCUCCUGUCAGACCGUACUUGCCCAGUGGUAAGCGCCGAGUUGUAUCUUAUCCUCAUACAGUUGGCUUCCCGUGCCCUUGCGUUUGAAAGUUGUACGUAUGUCCUGCCGUGCAGCUCCAGUUGCAGGCCGCUCUUGCUGUUGGCUAGGGAAGCCCUGGUCGAUGCUUCGUGGCCUCGGAGACUACCAUUUCUAAACAAAUGGGCUUCCAGUUUGGCGUCUACAACGAGGAAAGAGCAUUCGAGAGCUGAGGCGCGGUUAUCAGAUCCAGCUCCGUCCAAGGACAGAACCACCUUAACUAAGGUACCUCGCAGGUCUGGACUGGUCCAUUAUGGCGGCCAAGCGGCAUGCGGUUGUUAUGGCCAUCGCUGCCUCAAGAGUCUUACCGGAUUCCCGCCGUGGAAAUGUCUCGCUAGUCGGUACUGGGUCGGUGAUCUAAGGUUACCUAUGCUCCGGACCCGAAGUCGGGUGGAGAUGAAGCACCUAGGAGGCCUGGAAGGAAAGGACACUUCGGGCCAAUUCCACUUCUUCGUUCCCUCAGCCGACGCUUGAACACCGAGGCACACAGCGCUGAAAUGAUGGUUGAGUUUCACUGCUUACACAACGAACUAGAUUCAUGGCGACCUACUCCUUGGUCUCUCGCUCUCCUCGGGAUGCGCGGACAACCCCUU